GCGAGGCUGAGGCCCAGUUGCGACACCCUUCGCCCGCGCUAAAGAUUGCAGUACACAGUAACUUGCAUGCAUGAAGAUACAUAGGUAGCGGGAACUGUUGGUCCGAGCUCCCGAAUUCCGUCAAGAGCGCCUAGAAGCACGCCAUCAGCGCAUACGGUUCGACGUCCUACGCUUCGAACGGCGCCAUGCCUCCUCAUAGUAGAGGGAAGGCAGUACCUUCCGGCUUUCAGUCCAAAUCGACGCCUAAUCUUCCAACAUUGCGAGCGCUGGACAGCGCGGACGCAGUUCCGCCCUCGACAGACUCGCGCACGACAACAAGCCCGGUGUCUCCUGCUCCCAUUACCUCGCCUUCCGAGCCAGCGUCUAUAGAGGACAACGAUCAAGACGAGGAUCAGGGUUUGUUCGCCUUGAACCCCUCCGAUAGCUCGGACUCGGACGAUGCAGACGAUGGCCCGCCAACGUCUCGCCCACUGUUUACGUCGCGGUCGCACACGCAUCUCCCACGGCAUACGGCCAGCACACUCUUCCCACCCUUCUACAAUAGGCCGCCGACCCCGCUUCCUCCGUCCCCUUCGUUGACCUCGCUCCUUCGACCUUCGUUCAGCACAACGCCCUCACAUCCUACGACGCCGGAUUCCUCCGACGUAGACUUGCCCACGGGGGCUGGAACGGCAACAAAUGGGACGAGCACGCCCACGUCGACUACGACGAACCUAGCGAGCAUAACAAAGUCUGCACGGCAUGCGCCGACGGUACCUCGGGCGUCUCCGAAGGUGCCCACAUACGAAUACUAUGGCUUCGCGCUAUACCUCGCCAGCUCCGCCGCGUUUUUGCUUUACAUUGUGUGGGCAUAUGUUCCGUCUCCGCUGCUUCAUCAAAUGGGAAUCCACUACUACCCCAACCGUUGGUGGGCGCUGGCAGUACCGUGCUGGCUGGUCGUAUUGGUCGUGUACAUCUACGUAGCGCUCGCAAGCUACAACACAAGGUACCUCACGCUCCCGCUGAGCAGCUGCGAAAGCCUGGUCGACGAAUGCGCGCAGAUUGCAGUCAUCGAUCGGCGAACUGGAAGGAUUGUGCGCGACCAGAUGGCCAGCGCAAGCAAAAACCACGAGACAGCCAAGGGCGGGACGAGCAGCGCUGCAAGCAGCCGAAGGAAUUCCGUCUCUGCAUAUCAAUUUGGCCCGUCGGAAGACGUGGACUGGAAGAGCUUCUGGAGCGUUGGGACCGAUGCAGUCAUGGACGUGCCCAUUGGCGGAGUGUGCGAGAUACUGUACGGCGCGGAGGGGUGAAUAAUGCAUUGUCAUUCUGAAUAACCCAGCCAUGGGGGCCUCCCACUCGCAGCCUGCAAGCGGAAAAGCCUUCUGUAGAGUGCCCCUACCCCCACUUUCCGCGUAGACCGACUUCGGCAGGCGCCAUGCAGCUACAGGAAGCUACCCCGCCAGUGCCCGACGACCCGUCCUAUCAAGCCGCUGAUUCGCGAUCCCAUUA